AUGGAGGACGUUCGUAGUCCGAGUAUUAUAGGCCAGCGUACUUUCGACGCGGACUCCUUUGGUUAUGAUCGCUUAGGCGAGAUUGCCCAGUUUCUUGAGCGGGCGUUGUCCGUCAAUGCAACAAAUGUUGUACGGCACGAUCUCGAUAGGCAUGUUGAGAGUUCGCUAGAUGGCCAGUCGAUACAUUACACGAGUAACUUUCUUUCGAGUAUGUUCGAGGGUGUUGCGGGUCAGCAUCAGGCUGAUAACCCAGCUGAGGGUGAGCGUGAGAGUCAGGGUGAGGAUGAGGCUGAGGAUGAGGAUGAGGAUGAGGCUGAGGAUGCAGACCAGGAUGAUCAGUUUGAGGGUCAGGGUUAUCAGCGCCAUGAGGAGCAGGGAUCGAGUCAGACUCUAGGGACUCCACCGUUGGCUUUACUAAUAAGUAAAUUUUCCUAUGAAAAUGUGGUCACUGCUAAGCAUAUUGAAGAAGAUUGUGAUAUAGAAAUUGAUAAAGUUACUAGCUUUCCUGUCUGGGUGAAAAUACCACAGUUGAGGUUUCACCUAUGGUCUAGCUCCAUCUUAGGCAAAAUUGCUAGUGUUUUGGGAAAAUCCAUAUGUUCUGAUGGUAUCACUGCAUCCCAAGGUAGAUUAAACUUUGCCAGAAUUUGUGUGGAGAUUAAAGCAGGUACUAAACUUCCUAAUGUUAUCACUCUAAAGGCUCCUAGUGGUGAAAUCAUUGAACAACCUCUAGAGUAUGAAUGGGUCCCCUCCAACUGCUCCUUUUGUAACUACUUUGGUCAUAGUACUGAAAGUUGCAGAGUUAAACCUAAGCAUCAUCCUCAAUGGCUGGCCAAAAAAAGCAUGCAUGUCUCUCAAAUUGCUCAACGUGAAAAUGUGAUUGUUGUAUCAUCGAAUGUUGAUAUAAGCGAACCAGGACCUGCUCUUAGCCCCAAUCUAAGCAACUCUGAUCUUAACUCCAAGCCAAGCACAUCUGGCACUAAGGAUGCUAUCCCUGCUCAAGAACAUAGGCAAAGAAAGGAAAACAGUGAACCAGGGGAGGAGAAGGAACACGUUAUUACUCAGAUUACAGACACACAAGAGCAUCUACCACCUGUGUUGCAAUCUGAGCCGGAAGGAGAUGACCAGGUAACCACUGAUCAUAUUGGCCAUAUUUCUUUUACUAUCCUACAAGGGUGUCAGUCUUCUGAACAUGAGAAUAAUCCAGGAAAAAAGUAUGAUAAAAUUACUCUGAGAAAUAAAGGCAAGUCUUGCCUUUCCAAACCGGGUUAA